GUUGGCCGCUCACGAGGGCCCAAGCGCAGUACUUUAUCUUCAGUCAUGUAAUCGCUACUCUAUAUUUUCAACGGUUCCAUUGAACCAUAGUAUGGCUUGGUUGCAGACAUGGUCACUCUAUCAUUAGCUAUCCUCAAUUCUUUCAUUCCUCAUCUGCUACGCACCACUCAAUGGUCAUAAUGGACAUUGGCAUUGUUGGCUCCGGCAUCGCUGGCUUGUACUUGGCCCUCUACCUCCAACGCAAUGGUCAUCGGGUCACUAUCUUCGAGGCCGAGGACCGCAUUGGAGGUAGAAUAUUUACGCACUGGUUCGACGAAAACGUGUAUUUUGAAGCAGGGGCUAUGCGAAUCCCUCGAUCGAAAUUGCACUCCCGUGUCUAUCGUUUCAUUCGUUAUCUCAACGUGAACGGGAGACAGGACGACAAAGUAGAGCUCAUCCCUUACAUACAGGAGCACAGCAACAAUGUGGCAUUUAUUCACAAUGCCAGGUGCAAUCUUGACAAUCCCCAGCUUUCCGCCCGGCUUAACAUACCCUUGCCGCCCAGGUACCAGGGUAAACCCGCGAGCGAGCUUUUGGGGGAAGUGAUCAGCCCUUGGCUGGCUCUGCUACAGAAGGAUUUCGAUUUUGGGUUCUCGCAGAUAUCGCAGUAUGACGUUAUCUCGUUUCGGGCCUAUCUCCAUCUAGUCGCUGGAUGGCCACAUGAAGUGAUCGAUUUCGUGGAGUUGAUGACCAGUCAGACAAACCAGUUUGAUCUCAGCUUCAUCGAAAUCAUCAUGCAGAAUCUGGAUUUCAAUACGCAAAAUUGGGCCACUGUCCAGGGGGGGAUGUCGCGUCUUGUUCAAAGUGCCGUCCGGCUUGUCGGUCUCGAGAAUAUACACACCAAUGCAAGAGUGCACCAAAUCGUUGAGCGCCAAGAUGGCAAGGUUACCUUGCGAACAACAGGGCCACAUGGCGGCACCUUUGACAAGGUGAUCCUUGCAAUCCCACCGGCAGCACUUCACCGAAUCCACGACCGUCCAACAUGGUCCUUCAUGAAGGAGCAAGCGAUUCGUAGCAUGCAUUUCGAGCCGCUCUACAAACUAGGGAUACACUUCCGCACGAGGUUUUGGGAAAAGACCCCGUCACCUUGUUUUGGUGGCCAGAGCGCGACGGAUCUCCGAUUUCGAUGGAUUGUCUAUCCAUCGAACGACCUCGGAAGUCCCUCAGCUGGCGUGCUCCUUCUCUACUGCUGGAUGAAUGAUGCGUAUCGCAUGCAGUCCAUUCCCCGUGACCAACGCAUCAGUCUCGCUCUUCAUGACCUCCAGCGGUUUUAUGAUACUGUGGAUGUCUUCGACCAGUACGUCGAUGCUUUCGAUGUGUGUUGGAGCCAGGAGUAUGCUACUGGAGAUGCUAUGUUUCUCCCAGGCCAAUUCACACGGUUCCACCAGGUCGCCAAGCAACCGGAGGGUAACAUUCAUUUUGCAGGGGAGCAUCUGAGUCGGCACCAUACGUGGAUUGCGGGCGCAAUUGAUUCUGCAUUACAAGUGGUCAUGCAAAUACAGGGUGAAAAAGACGUGCGAGGUCUUGGAGAAGAGUAUAUCAAAUCGACCCCGAAAAGACUCGAUGAGCCAUGGCGGGCAUAUGUGAUUCCGCAUCACAACAACCUCGAGUAUGUUGCGGAACGCUGACGAGUACUUCGCAGCACAUUCCGGGCAGCAAGAGCCAAUUUUUCUUACCGCAUACCAGGUUCAGCUGGCCAUAUCAACGGUGUCUCUGAUCAUCAGGAAAUUUGUCUUGUACUUAGAUUAGAAAGGCAGGGGAUUUUUCCUUCCUUCAAUAUACUUCCCUUCCCGAUUAUGAUGCUAAUUUACCGCUCCACUUUCUCCCCUGCUAUUCAUUUCUUCAUCGUCGCUAAAUCCAGCUGCGUAUCCCUGAGGAAGUUUCACGCUCUGAGUGGUUUUGAAAUAAUAUCUCUGGAAAUACUGGACCUUAGAUCGUCGUUUAGUUGAAGCUUGAAGCUUGAAGCUCCCGGUUCACGCCCAAAUAUAGAGCCCUAGCGCAUCCUGGAUUGC